AGCGUGCGUCUCUUACUUUUUUUUGUGGGACUACCAGCGAGAUCUCCAGCUGCUGUGUCGCCAAGUUUGGAGGAUUUCCCCCCAGUAUUUUUGCCAUUUUUUCUCUUUAAAUCUCCCUUCAUUUCACAUAAACCCUCAGCACCUGGAACAGCUUUGCUUCCCUCUCGGUCCAAACUCGAUUCCUUUCAUGUGAAGGACCUUGAUCCUCCCCUGCAAACCAGCCUGUGACAACAAGCAUAAACACAAGCAAACAUCCAGCAGGACUGUCAUCCACCAAAUCAGCCAGUGAGAGACGCAGACAGCGACUGACUGUGAGAUAUUUACCUGGCCUGACCAGACAGAGGUGCAGCCAUGUUGAUCAUCUUAGCCUUCAUCAUCCUCUUCCACCUGGCUGCAGCCAUCCUCCUCUUUGUUUCAACCAUUCACAAUGCGUGGUGGGUGGUGUCGCCACCCGGACGUGAUGUGAUCUAUGCUGACCUUUGGUACUCCUGUAACUCCACCUGCUAUCCUGUGGAGAACAGCCAUACUGCUGAUGCAGCCUAUCUGCAGGCCGUCCAGGCUACCAUGAUCCUGGCCACCAUUUUAUGUUGCGUCAGCUUCUUCGUCUUCAUCCUUCAGCUCUUCAGGCUCCAACAGGGAGAAAGAUUCAUUUUCACCGCUAUUAUCCAGCUAUUGGCCUCGCUAUGUGUGAUGAUCGCAGCGUCCAUCUACACAGCUCAGAAAGACAGCUUCCAUGUGGCCAGUCUUCAGCAAGGCUCCUACGGCUCCUCCUAUAUCCUGGCCUGGAUCAGCUUCCCCAUGACUCUCAUCAGCGGCCUCAUGUACCUGGUGCUCAGGAAGCGCAAAUAGAUCCAAUGGGCUUAAUGCAGUUAUUAUAAAAUACAAACAGAAACACUUGGACAUAAAUAGACACACACUUUUCCUCAACAAACAUGCAUGCACAUUUUCUAACCCUAAGAUUUUAUUAUUCCACUGGAGAUAAAGGAAUAACCACAAAUCCACAAUAAUUUCAAAUUUCAGGUUCAGAACCAGACAAUUCACCAAAAAAGCAUUCAGCAACAUAUUUUUUGUCCACCUCAUAUACUAAAAACCCCAAGUAGUCACACACCCUUCUCCCUCUUGAUGGUACAUGGUUCUCACAGAAUGUGGCAAGGACUCACGCAGGAGUGUGUUCAGUUCACAGGCUGUACUAUACAAUUUUUUCCAGAUCAGUGCCUCGGAAACACUGCUAACAGUCGACUGGAUAGACCCUCUGUGAUUUUCUGUGGUCUUUGUUUUUGCAUACCAGCCUAAAACAUGUUUCCAUAAACAAUUAAUCUAAGAAUCACACCAUGGUUUACAUUUGAUCUUUAGUUUGAAAAGUGUAAUUUGACUUUUGCCAGUGAGGUAAAAUGUGUUGGAUAGAUUCAUUUGCAUGAAGUGCAAAAUGCACCGCACAUACGCCUUGCUGCAUUCAGCACACACUCGCUGCUCUGGAUAGAAAAUGUCCCUGAGGCUCCAUGCUGCAUUAAGUGAGAACAUGCCUUCACUAUCCUUUUCCAACAUUUCCCUUAGACACGACACAGGACAUGAGCAGUGUUCCUACAUACUGAUUUUCCUCCUCGUCCUGCUUCCUACCAUUCAUAGAAACCUGUCCGAAAUAUCUGAUCACAAAGUUUUAAAGUCAAGUGGGGAGAUUUGUCUUUCUGGGACUUUCCAAGAGGUCCAUACUUCUCUUUUUGUGAAGCUAUAGUCAAUGGAAUUAAUUUUGUACAUAUUUGCUGUGUAUGUAUAGUUCAGGUAAUUGCCAAAAGCUUAUUUCUAAGACUGAAAUACUAAAAUUAUACAUUAAAAAAGGAAAAAAAUAGAGAAUCUUAUGUUAACCAUAGCAUACAGGAUGUGUAGUGAGCUACUAGUUUAGGUAUAAUAUGUAGGAUUUUAACUCGUUUGUAUUCUUCUGUUACUGACUUGUGUUUUAAUGGUGAAAAAGGAACCAAUGAUGUGCUGUGAUAUUCGGGAUUUCAGAUGACAACAUAGGAUCACGCAAACUUGAAUUAAGAAUGAACAUUUCUAUGUUACUAUUUUGCUUCUUUGUUUAUGGAUCCACUGAGAAAAAGACAAAAGCUAUUUAUUGUUAAAAAAAACACUGUUGUGUGUCUUAGCAUCAUGUGACUGAGGAUGUAUGAAGUAAUUAAGUUUUUUUCCCUCUCUGGCCGGGCUACUGUUAUUUUGGUCCAUAAUUGAAACAUCUCUAACAACCCCCUGCACAUAGUGCUCUGACGUUUAACAACAAUAAAUGUCCUAAUGUACUGCACACUGUAGAUUCUGACAAGUUGAUCUUAUUUUAUAAAAAAGAAAAAGGUUACUUACCUUUUAAAAAGGGAACUAAAUAUAACUAUUAAUCUUAAGUUAUGUUUACAUUGCAUCUUAAAAAUAAUAAGUGAAAUGAACUCAUUCUACCCUGUUGUCGAACUACUUUAACUUGUUCUAAUUUGUUGAUCAUUUUUAAAAUUGCAACAACAUAAUUUUGAUAAGUUGCUGCAGGGAGAUAUUCUAACUCCAUUGUUUGCAAAAUUAUCUUUUUCAUGAUGAGGUUGAGGCAGACUAACUUGGUUUACUGGAGUUUCUAGAAAUAGCAAGAUGAUUGCACUUAUCAUUUUUAAGUUGCAACAACUUAAUAUUGUGAAAUUGUUGCAAUGUAUAAACAAGUGAAAUUGACUUGCUCUACCUUGUUUUCUAGCUUCUUUUACUUGUUCAAACUUGUCCUUUUUAGGUUGCAACAACCUAAUACUGUUAAGUUGUUUUAGCUUGAAACUGACAAGUUAAAUAAAUGUAACCUUUUUAAAUGUAACCAACCUAAGAAACCAAAGCAAACUAGUGAAUCAUAUUUGUAUCUUCUUAAACAUGUCAACAAAAGAGAUCUCGCAGAUAUCCCAACUCCAUCAUGUGCAAAGUCUUCUUUGUCUUGAGGAGGUUAAGUCAGACUAAGUUGGUUUACGAAAGUUUCUAACACUCAGAAUGAACAAGUUAAUUUCGCUUGUCAUUUUUAACUUGCAACAACUUAAUUUUGUGAAGUUGUUGCAACUUAAACAUGAACAGUGAAAUUAACAAUCUUUCAAAGUGUUAGCAACUUUAGUAAAGUAAGUUUACUGUGCUAUAUAUCUGUUUACUCCCCACUGCAAACUUGUCAGUUGUAUUUGUUGUUAACAAGUCAGCAAAACAGAAUUUGCAUAUCCUAUUUCCAUCAUGAGCAAAAUCUUCAUUGUGAUGAGGUUAAGUCAGACCGACUUGGUUUACUGAAGUUGCUAACAUUUAGAAAGUUUAAGUUAAUUUCACUUGUCAUUUUUAAGUUGCACAACUUUACAAAAUAAGUAAACACAACUACAUUUUAAGUAAACUUAACAAUUAGAUAUAGAGUCACCAUAACCCAUGAUUAAUAGUUAUAAUUACUUACCUACCUACAUUUUUUUAAUGAAAUAAACUUGUUCAGUUUUGUUCAAUUUUACAGUGUACCUGCCAUCAGUUCCCAGAAUUACUUAAUUUCAUCCAUCAUGGCAAUAUAAAGAUAAUAUUUAAUCCCACAGCGGCUGUUUUCCUCUUUAUAGGUGUUUAACAGUGAAGGGAGACCAGUGGGGUAUAAAUGCACUCAGCUUGGACUCAAUGGGUCCAUCCAAGGUGCACUGGGUUGUUUUGUGAUGGGAAUGUGUUCAUGUCUGGCAACAUUUGGACCACAGAGCCUCAUAAUUUACUAUCUCACCAAUAAUGAAGAUUCAGGGAAAAGAAAUGGAGGUGAAAAUUUUGCUCUGCUAACUCAAGAUGAUACUUGAAAAUGAUCAAAACAACAUAUUCGAGGCCAAGAUUGUGAUGUUUGUUCGUAGGUUUUUGUGAAGUUGUCAUCUUAAAGAGUGUUUCACUGAAUAAUAAGCCUCCUGUUCGCAUGCAAGUUUUUGUCUUUCAGAAAAUCCAUUUUUAACUUAUAUUUAGAUUUAAAGUAAGUUGCUGCAAUAGUGAAAUGACAAUUGUGGGGGGUUAUUACAGAUUAUGUAAACUUUGGAUCUUUUUCGUUUUUGAUGAUUUAAAAGAAAUCAAAAUUUGUAAUACUUGAGUUGAAGUUCCAUGCAGAGUCACCACAGCAUUAACCUCGAAGAGUCAUCAGAGCUACUCUUGGUUUGGAUUUAAAAUGUUUUUGGUUUAUGGUUGUGAUAGUUUUCCUGUGUUUUAUGUCAGUGUAGAUGUACUGUAUCUUAGUCAAUAUAGAUCUAUACAAAUAACCACAGGACCACAGUGAAAAAUGAGCAUAUGAGUUGUUGAAGUCAAAACUGUAUUUAUAGGGAAUUUGUUUUUUAAACAUGUUUUGUUGCUGUUGAAAUGUUUCUAAUGCUCAAUGAAGUAUUAAUUCCACAUUGAUUGACUGAUAGUAUCAUGUUGCUUUAUGAUGGAGACAUGUUGAAAUGGUCAAUGUUUUGAGGAACUUAAAUUGAAUAACAGUUUCUUUUAUCUGCAUAGGAUUUAUACAAAAGCUCUUGACAAAGGCUUUAGGUUUUUCAUGUUAAAUGGGAGUGUUGCUGCAUGUUACAGGCUCAUUUGCCUUUACAAUUUUGUGCAAAUUAUAUCACAAUGUGCUUUAAAUUUUGACCGGUGUUGUAACAUCAGUGGCUGCUUCUGUUAUCUGUAAAACCAUGCUGUGCUUUCAUGUAUUCUUGUCAUCAAACUAAAAUGUUUGUCUGCUAUUGACACCUAGUGGACUUAUAGAAAACUACACAAUGUUUAGGCAAUAGUUUUAUGGUUUCAGUCUACAGAGCAGACUGCUACAAGCUCCUGUGAGGCACUCCUGGAAAGAAUGCACUUGUCCCGGCUCGGUGAAUCCUGCUGCUUAAAUCUCGAAACAUUAGACUGGGCAAACCUCCGACAGAUUCAGGAACAAAGACUUAUCUCCCCUGCAAGAAUUUUAAGGUGCUUAUUUUUUACUGUUGACCCACCAAUCAGAUGUAGAUCUCAAUAAAUGUAUUUUACAAUGAAUAAAUUUUCUUUGUGUGCCA